CGGUAAAGCGGGGGCGAGCCAAAUUGACUUUGCGGGAAGGCUAUUCGCCCGGAGUUUCAGCCAACCAAGACAAUGCGGCGUGGUCUAUUUAUUUAUCCCCUAACUGGACCGAGAUGACAUGUAAUACUCGGGAAAUAUUCAUGCUACGGGGGCGUAUAACUCCAGUCCAGUUCAUCACUAUCGUGCGGGAAGCUUUCAGUUGUCAGUUGGGACGUUUCUCACCCCUGGUGGACUGAAGUGGGAGGAGAGAAGAGAUGUGCUUCAUUUAAAGGGGUUUAUGGUUUUGUGGAAAUUAAAUGGCAGAGUGGUUGAACCCGCCGAAUGAUUCAGAUCCUGUCGCUUUGUGUAUUGUAAGGUGAAGACGCUGUCAUUUGCCCAAAGCUGUUAAAUGUUGUAGGGCGAGGCGUAUUGACGAAUUAGCCGUAUGAUCAGAAUCGUAGCUGUUUUGUCCCGUUUUUGUACAUUUACAUCGGAAGCAGAGGCGGCCGAAGAUACCUACAUCGGUGGGACUACAGGAAGAGUGUCCGUUUUAUUAUAACAUACAUUAACAUUUACAAAGAGUGCAUUAAAGAUACAACGAACAGCUAAGAUGUCGUUGUACGUUGAAGGUUUACACAAGAGUGCACCCAACAGCGGGAUGGCGCAGUUCCAGGAAGUGAUGCGGCAGCAGCUGGAGAAGUCCAUGCACGAAGAGCUCGAGAAACUGGUCGCCACGGGGACGGGUGCCGAGGCUGAGAUUUCGCGGAAGGACUUCGAGGGAUUCAAGAACCUGUUCCACAGAUUUCUGCAAGCGAAGGGCCCCUCGGUGGACUGGGCCAAGAUCCACAGGCCUCCGGACGACUCGAUCCAGCCCUAUGAGAAGAUCCGGGACAAGGGGCUGCCGGACAGCGUGACGCAGAGCCUGAACAAGCUGGUGGUGGUGAAGCUGAACGGCGGCCUGGGCACCAGCAUGGGCUGCAAGGGCCCCAAGAGCCUGAUCAGCGUGCGCAACGAGAACACCUUCCUGGACCUGACCGUGCAGCAGAUCGAGCACCUGAACAAGACCUACAACGCUGACGUGCCCCUGGUCCUCAUGAACUCCUUCAACACGGACGAGGACACCAAGAAGAUCCUGCAGAAGUACGCCCACCACAGGGUGAAGAUCCACACCUUCAACCAGAGCAGGUAUCCGAGGAUCAACAAAGAGUCCCUCCUUCCGGUGGCGAAGGACCUGAGCACGACGGGCGAGAACGCGGAGACCUGGUACCCUCCGGGCCACGGGGACAUCUACGCCAGCUUCCACAACUCGGGCCUGCUGGAGAAGCUCAUCGCCGACGGCAAGGAGUACAUCUUCGUCUCCAACAUCGACAACCUGGGCGCCACCGUGGACCUGCACAUCCUCAACCACCUGAUGAGCCAGCCCAGCGCCAAGCGCUGCGAGUUCAUCAUGGAGGUCACCGACAAGACCAGGGCCGAUGUCAAGGGCGGCACGCUGACGGAGUACGACGGCAAGCUGAGGCUGCUGGAGAUCGCCCAGGUGCCCAAGGCCCACGUGGACGAGUUCAAGUCCGUCACCAAGUUCAAGAUCUUCAACACCAACAACCUGUGGAUCUCGCUGCCCGCCAUCAAGAGGCUGCAGGAGCAGAACUCCAUGGACAUGGAGAUCAUCGUCAACCCCAAGACCCUGGACGGAGGGCUGAACGUGCUGCAGCUGGAGACGGCGGUGGGCGCGGCCAUCAAGAGCUUCGACAACGCGCUGGGCAUCAACGUCCCGCGCAGCCGCUUCCUGCCGGUGAAGACCACGUCCGACCUGCUGCUGGUCAUGAGCAACCUGUACAGCCUGGAGGCCGGCUCGCUCACCAUGAGCAAGAAGAGGGAGUUCCCCACCACGCCCCACGUCAAGCUGGGCAGCUCCUUCACCAAGGUUCACGACUACCUGACGAGGUUCGAGAGCAUACCCGACAUGCUGGAGCUGGAUCACCUGACCGUGUCUGGCGACGUCACCUUUGGGAAGCAGGUUUCGCUAAAGGGGACCGUAAUCAUAAUAGCCAAUCACGGGGACCGGAUCGACAUUCCGGCAGGAGCCAUGCUGGAGAACAAGAUUGUGUCGGGCAACCUGCGCAUCCUCGACCACUGAGGCCUUGGCGGUUAAAAGCAAAACAAACAAACAAACAAAAAAGGCGUGACUUGAUCACGUGACUGAGAUAGCUUAAGUGAUUAUGCACCUUGGACUGUUACACAACUGGGGGGGGGAGCAGUCUGAUGUUCAGAUGUCUGUCCUAUUUCCACGUCCGUUUUUAGUGUUCGUCUCGUCGUCACAUCCGCAGGCGUAACCCAUGUGGCCAGUCACCAUCCACACACAAAAAAAAAACAAAAAAAACUACAUUUCCCAUACUGCCCUUGCUGUCGAGUGUGUGUCACCGUGCUCAAUACUCUUAGAGAUUCUCACAACUUAAAAAAAAAUACGGCUGGCGGGCGUUCAGCCCCGAGAUGCAAUAACGGUGCUCCCUGAGCCUCUGUGUGACCUGCUUAAGUCUGCGGACCUCCAAUAAAGUGCAAUAUUGACCGA